CCGGCUGCGUGUUUUGAUUGGCGCGCGCUGCAGGUCGCUACCUUGAUAAAUAUGAGCUGUUUAUAACACGGGGAAGUUUCCGCGCGAGCGUGUGAGGUUGUUUAUGUCGCUGUAUGUGUUUUAUUAACACGUCGCUUCACCAUGUGGACCUUUCUAGCUGUAGCCGUGUUGUUCGGCUGUGCCUUAGUGUUGCAAGCUUCACCUCUUGCUGGCCGGACGCUUCCUGAUUUUGGACAGAUGUACCAUGUAAAAGGUGUGAUCUCAUUACCCUAUGCUGAAAUCAAGGAACCUUUUGAAGGCUGGUAUGAUGUACAGGGGAAGAGAAGCAGAAUUGACUAUUAUCAUGGACAAGUCUCCACUUUUCAACUUGGAGCAGCAGGAGAUCAAGGCGUCAGCUACAAAAUCACACCUGUGACAACUGAGACUGAAUUUAAUGCCAUGAAAUGCUUCCAAGUCAAUGGCACUAAGGAGGAUCCUGUUCUGCCUCAGGCUGCACUGCCUGACCUACAAGGCUUUGAGUUUGAGCAGAUGGAAUACUUUGCGGGCCUCUUGUGUGAGGUGUGGAAGAACGUCACUGUUGUUGGACACAAAAAGAACACUUACCGUCUGUGGGUGGCCCGACCAGAGGGUGGAACGUCACAGGCCGUACCUUACCAUUAUGAAAUGAUGGGCUACAACACGCUUCUGGGUUCCCACUAUGACAAAUACCUCAUCGACUACAGUGACUUCAACCCUCGAACCGAUCCUAAAGACUUUGAUCUGCCAGAAGGUAUGAGCUGCGGUCCUUUUCCUGGUCCAGGAGUGGAGCACAGAAUACUAGCCAAUCCCAUUCAAGACUUGAUUCAUACUUCUCCUGUGGGCCAUGCCCAUCGAUUAUUUGGGCACUUUAAGGAAAAAUAUGAGCAUAACUAUGAAGAUGAGGUGGAACAUGAAAAGCGAGAACACAACUUUGUACAUAAUGUUCGGUAUAUUCACUCCAUGAACAGAGCAGGCCUCUCAUAUUCCCUCUCAGUGAAUCACCUGGCUGAUCGCUCAGAGGAAGAGCUAGCAAUGAUGAGAGGUGGGAAACAGAGGAAGACCCCUAACAAAGCUCAACCUUUCCCCACUGAACUCCGCUCUCUCACUCUGCCUGACUCCCUGGACUGGAGGCUGUAUGGUGCCGUGACCCCUGUAAAAGACCAAGCUGUGUGUGGGUCCUGCUGGAGCUUUGCAGCAACAGGAGCACUAGAAGGAGCAUUGUUUUUAAAGACAGGGGAGCGUGUGGUGUUGUCUCAGCAGAUGCUAGUAGACUGUACAUGGGGCUUUGGGAACAAUGGCUGUGAUGGAGGAGAGGAGUGGAGAGCAUUUGAAUGGAUCAUGAAACAUGGUGGCAUCUCCACUGCAGAGAGUUAUGGUGGAUACACUGGCAUGAAUGGCCUGUGUCACUAUAAUGAAUCCUCUCUUACUGCCCAUGUGAAAAGCUACACCAACGUCACCAGUGGAGAUUUGGAGGCUCUGAAGGCUGCGCUGUAUAAAUAUGGUCCUACUGCAGUCAGCAUCGAUGCCGCUCACCGCUCCUUUAGCUUCUACAGUAAUGGCGUGUAUUAUGAACCAGACUGCAAGAACGGGAUAGAUGACCUGGACCAUGCUGUUCUGGCAGUGGGUUAUGGGGUACUGGAUGGACAGCCUUACUGGCUGGUGAAGAACUCCUGGUCCACUUACUGGGGUAACGAUGGUUAUGUGCUUAUGUCCAUGAAGGACAACAACUGUGGAGUGGCAACUGGGGCCACAUAUGUUACACUGUCCUAAUGCACAUGAUUAAAGAAACAUGCUCAGAUAUAAUUGGUUACAAACUAGAGCUGAUUUAUGCUGAGCUUAAAAAAAAAAUAGUAUUUGCCUCACAACAAACAAAUAUUGCAUUGUGUUCUGACCACAUGGUGUCACUCAAGGUAAACAUGUUUCAUUAGAACAUGCAUACACAAUCUGCCAGAUGUCUUUUUUUUUUUUUUUGUCAGAAUUAUAUGGCUGUCUUUAAAUGAGUUGCACUGAAAUUACAAGUGUUUGUUCUUGCAUUUCAUAUAGAACAAUUAAGAUGUAUUCCACUGUGUUAUGUUUUAUGUAGCCUUAUUUUACCUGCACUGAGAGGUGGCAGUGCUAAUGGGUUACUGCUGGAAAUGCUAGGGAAUGAAUUAAACUUUUUUUUUUUUUUUUUUUUUUUUUUUUUUUUAAAGAAUGCUUUUGAUUUAAUCCUUAAGUCCUACCCAUGUUUUUUUUUUCAAGAAGUCAGUUUUUUAAUUAGUUUUUAAUCAGUGGACUCCCUCAAGGUAAUGGAUUCUUGGACAAGGAUAUUUACAGCAAUUUAUGAAUUCCUUGACAUCCAUGUGUCCAGUGCUUGGGUGUCCAGGUGUAGUUAAUUCAUCUUUAUGCUUUGGGAAAUCCUAGUGUUUGUUCUUUUUAUAAUUAAAGUUAUGUUUGCCAUAUCAAAGUCUAUAUGACUCUGGUUAUAAAUAUUUUAUUCCCUGAUACUCCAAAAUUGAAGCUCAAGAACAUAGGAAUUAUUAAAACCAGUCACAAAACAGAGCUAACUGCAAAGACCAACAGCAAUAAAAUAGAAGUCUUUUGGAAUCAAAAUAAGUAGGACUAUACAAUCAAAUGACUGAAUGGAUAACAACACCCCUUUCAGAAAUGUCGUAAUCUGAGACCCCAGGUGGAUGCUACAGGUAACCUCCCAAUCUAAUGGACAGGGGGCGUUCUGGUGUUGGCACGUGUGCACAUGUGCACAAGAAGGUGUCCAGGUGAUUCUCACCAUCCAUGACUGUUGGGAGAAGUGAAGCAGAACUACCGUUCCAAGAAACAGAAUGCUGACGUAAAGCACAAUGUUACAAAUGAUUUACAAAUUGCUUGGAUCCCUUGGGUGCUCUAUUACCUAGUGCCCUGCUAAAUGUCAUGAUGUACACAAGGUACUUGUAAAUAAUCAACUCUUAAUCUUAUGGGUUCAGCAACUAAAGCUCAAGCACAACACUAAGAAUAAAAAUAUUAGUCAGCCAGUUUGCUGCUUAUGCAUGCCGUACUCCAAAUGUUUUUCUUUGAAUAAGCAAAGGAAAUGUAUAUACCAAGAUAUGUACCAUGAUACUAAUGAUCUACAAUCUACAUAUACCUUGUUAGCAGUUUGCCUGGACCCACGACAAAACAUUUCCUGUUUUACUGUCUGUAAUGAUCCUACUUAAUGUUCUUGAUCAGAAUGAAGUUGGCCCUCACUAGUCAGCAUGGGUGAUUUAAUGUGUCUAUGUGCAGAUAUUAUUGUUUCUGCAUCAGUAUACUAUCAGAUAUGUGUAGUGCAUAAUUGCAUCUCAGUGUUCUGUUGUCCUGCCUAGUUAACAUGCACUCUCCUGUGGAUUUAUCAUACAUUUUUGCACUCAUCAUUUGCAUUUAAUGUAGUCCUAUUUACCAUGAUACUGCCUUUAUUUGUGUUACACCAUGGUCCUGAUGAAACAGCAUUUUGUUCCAAUGUGUACCAGUUAUAUAUAACAAAUGACAAUAAAACCUGCUUGUCUCGACA